CUCUGCUGGCCAGAGGGGCUCAUGUGUGAAAGAGGAUCUACAAAGUGUACUGAAGGAAGCAAUUUGACUGGUGGAAAAAGCAACAUGGCCCUGGGAUUUGUUUUGCCGAGGCCGUUCCGCCGGGGUCUUCUCCUGUUUUGUGCGGUGAGCUUGUGCAGCCGGCAAGGGUCCGCCGGCAACCGAAGCUCUGGAGGCCAGGCGGAAGGGUCAUCGAUGGAGAGGACCGGGACUUGCGAAGUGGUUGCAGCUCAUCGUUGCUGCAACAAGAACAAGAUUGAAGAACGCUCUCAGACGGUCAAGUGCUCCUGUUUCCAAGGGCAUGUAGCAGGGACAACCAGGGCAAUGCCCUCUUGCGUUGAAGCCUCCGUCGUGCGUCACAAGUGGUGGUGUCAGAUGAAGCCGUGCGUGGCGGGGGAAGAGUGCCGAGUGCUUCCUGACCUGACUGGCUGGUCGUGCAUCUCUGGGAACAAAGUGAAGACCACCAAGGUGGCACGCUAGCAAGUCAGCUGCUUCGUCCAAUCCGAACAGAGCCAACCAACUCAAGUAACUCUGGACCCUCAGGACUGACGGCGCCACAAAGAAUACACCGGAGAUUUAAUUUGAUCGAUUAAAUGGCAGCAACCUGAUUUCAUGAGGGUUAUCCCAUUGUGGACAGUCUAUUAGUAAAGAAAAAGAAAAAAUGUGUUCGAUUCCCUCAGUUGUGCAUACGCUGAGCACAUGUGCAUUCAUUCCAAGGUGGCAGGGCCUGCUGUCGGACACUACAUUCGGUUCUACAAAGAGGUCAGAUCCCUUUGGACUGGGAAGAUGCGCACGUACACACGCAGGCUGCGUUCGGACUGCGGCCACCAGACAAGCGCGCAGACGUUCCCGCGACGCAAAGCGAGGACUGUUUGAAAUGCUAAUCAUGCAGGGAAACGCUUUGUCACUAUUGAGUGUAUUUACAUCACCCUUUUGUUUCUCUUGCGGAGGGGAUGCAGCUUAUUGAAAGUUUUCUGCCUCGCAGCAAAGUGUAUCCACUAACAAAAUGUUUCGUGUUGUUACCACUUUUAUCUUCUCGACGAAUGAUAUUAUCAUGGCCUUUGUUGUUUAGCCACUGUGUUUGCAUUUUCCAUUUCCAACGAGGAAAUAAUGAUACACGCAAAUCCAAAUCGACUAGCUGCAUACGUUGGACUCCCAAGACAUCAGAUAGUGAACGUCAAUGUGCUGAAUUUCCUAAAUGACACAAUUUGAUGAUGUGUUUGAUGUGUUUGAUUCUUUAAAAUUCACUUCAAAGCACUCCCCUCAAUUUCGCCCAGUUGUUGAAGUUGAUUCAUGAGAUUUGGUGCGCAUUCAAACAUCAAAGAGAGCUACAGUCACUACAAUGUUUCAGUCAGGCGGUAUCGCUUCCUGACUAGUUUCUAACAUACCAGUUGAUCGCCAGACAGACCGAUGAAUUUCCCCCGAAAUGCCAAUUAGUGGGGGGCGGAACAAACAAAACAAAACACGAAUCAGGUACCCAAAGAAAAUGCCAAAGCGUGAAUAUGCGGGGGUCCACUGUACGCUCAUGAACAGGCAGUUAUCAUCUGCCUCAUGCAAAUGGCACCCCAACGAAACACAGACGUCUUGCUUCCUCUUACAGCAAAGUGAAAGUAAUACUUUAUUACAGACAGGAACAAGGUCUCUCCUUUUUGAAUCAAAUUACUGGUAUAUGAGGUUGUAAUUACCAUUGAAUACAUUCAAACUCACUGGCUAUAAGGACAGCAGCACGUCAACAUCAGAGAGUACCUUACUCAAAUUCUUCCCCUGCUCGGACCAGCGCAACAAGGGUACCAGCGCCUAUCCUGACGACACCCCCAUCAUGCAACAGCAGCACCAGAUACCAGUCACAUUGCGACACUGUCCAUGCUGCUCCAGAUGCUGUGUGACAGGAGGCGUUCUUAAGACCACAGACCAGCUAGUCGAGGUUUUCGCCACCACCUUCAACCUCUCACUACUGCAGUUUGUAGUCUCAAAUCAGGCACCAGUCUCCCAGUACACCAGAAGAGCACAGUGAGCGGCCAGAUGCUCGAACACCCAUAAUCACCAAAUGUCUGGAGAGACUCAUCCUGUCUCACAUCAAGGACGCUCUUCCUGAUCACCUCGAUCCCCAUCGUUUUGCGUACAAAACAGGAAAAAUAGCUUGACAGAGGAUACAAUUAACACAGCCCUUCACACAACUGGACUACGUGACGAUGCUGUUUGUAUUUGUAGUCAUUGUUGUUUUCAGCUCUUUAUUUAAUACAGUUCUACCCCAUAAAACGGUUUCAGAGCUGAGCAACCUUGGCAUUGGCAGUUCACUGUGCACCUGGAUACUAGACUUCCUCAGCAACAGACCCCAACAACACCUCGUCCUCUCUCAUCCUGAACACAAGGACACCUCGGGGAUGUGUCCUCAGUCCCCUUCUCUAUUCCUUCUUUACACAUAACUGCUUUCCCAUUCCCUCUCCUUGAGCCGUCACCUUAUCGUGGUGGAGGGGUUUGUGUGUCUCUCUACACGAACGACUGCACCUCAACGCACCCUCCUGAAGUUUGCAGAUGACACCACUGUCAUCGGCCUCAUCAAGGACGGUGACGAGUCUGCAUAUCGACAGGAAGUAGAGCGGCUGGAGCUGUGGUGCGGCCGACACAACCUGGAGCUGAACUAGCUCAAGACAGGAGCUGCUGAGGCAGUUCUACACAGCGGUCAUCGAAUCAGUCCUGUGUUCUUCCAUCACAGUCUGGUUUGGUGGUGCUACAAAAAAGGACAAACUCCGAAUGCAACAGACAAUCAAAACGGCUGAAAAGAUUGUCGGUACCCCCCUACCCACCCUUGAGGACUUGCACGCUGCCAGAACUAAGACAAGAGCGUGCAAAAUCCUCUCGGACCCUCCGCAUCCCAGUCACCAGCUCUUCCAGCUCCUUCCCUCAGGUAGGCGCUACCGAUCAAUGCAAACUAGAACGAGCAGACAUUCCAACAGCUUCUUCCCUCUUGCCAUCAACUUCUUGAACACCUAACCUACAAUUCCAUUACAACAUGCUGGCAAUUUGUUGACUUGAGUUUGGUGAGGGAUGCCGUCAAGCUGAAGAAGGAGUCCUAUCGGGCCUUUUUGGCCUGUGGGACUCCUGAGGCAGCUGAUGGGUACCGGCUGGCCAAGCGGAAUGCAGCUUUGGUGGUCGUCGAAGCAAAAACUCGGGCAUGGGAGGAGUUCAGUAAGGCCAUGGAGAACGACUUCUGGACGGGUUCAAGGAAAUUCUGGUCCACCAUCCGGCGUCUCAGGAGGGGGAAGUAGUGCACCAUCAACACUGUGUAUAGUGGGGAUGGGGCGCUGCUGACCUCGAUUCGGGACGUUGUGAGUCGGUGGGGAGAAUACUUUGAAGACCUCCUCAAUUCCACCGACACGCCUUCCCAUAAGGAAGCAGAGUCUGGGUUCUCUGAAGAGGGCUCUCCUAUCUCUGGGGUUGAGGUCACCGAGGUGGUUAAAAAGCUCCUCUGUGGCAAGGCCCUGGGGGUGGACGAGAUUCACCCAGAGUUCCUAAAGGCUCUGGAUGUUGUAGGGCUUUUCCUGGUUGACACGCCUCUGCAACAUCGCGUGGACAUCGGGGACAGUGGCUCUGGAUUGGCAGACUGGGUUGGCGAUCCCUCUUUUUAAGAAGAGGGACCGGAGGCAGUGUUCCAACUAGAGGGGAAUCACAGCCUCCCUGGUAAGGUCCAUUCAGGGGUGGUAGAGAGGAGAGUUCGUCGGGAAGUCGAAUCUCAGCUUCAGGAGGAGCAGUGUGGUUUUCGUCCUGGCCUUGGAAGAGCGGACCAGCUCUUCACCCUCGGCAGGGUCUUCGAGGGUGCAUGGGAGUUCGCCCAACCAGUCUACAUGUGUUUUGUGGACUGUGAGAAGGCGUUCGACCGUGUCCCUCGGGGAGUCCUGUGGUGGGUGCUUCGGGAGUAUGGGGUACCGAAACCCCUGAUACAGGCUGUUCGGUCCCUGUACGACCGGUGUCAGAGUUUGGUACGCAUUGCUGGCAGUAAGUCAGACUUCUUUCCAGUGAGGGUUGGGCUCCGCCAAGGCUGCCCUUUGUCACCGAUUCUGUUCAUAACUUUUAUGGACAGAAUUUCUAGGCGCAGCCGAGGCGUAGAGGGUGUCGACCUUGGUGGGCUCAGUAUUGCAUCUUUGAUUUUUGCAGAUGAUGUGGUUCUGUUGGCUUCAUCAAGCCGUGAUCUCCAACUCUCACUGGAGCGGUUCGCAGCCGAGUGUGAAGUGGCUGGGAUGAGAAUCAGCACCUCUAAAUCUGAGACCGUGGUCCUUAGUCGGAAAAGGGUGGCGUGCCCUCCCAAGGUCGGGGAUCAGAUCCUUUGGUCACGAGCUGUGGGUCGUGACCGAAAGAACAAGAUCCCGGAUGCGAGGGGCCGAAAUGAGUUUCCUCCGCAGGGUGUCCGGGCUCUGCCUGAGAGAUAGGGUGAGCAGCUCGGUCAUCCGGGAGGGACGCAGAGUAGAGCCGCUGCUCCUCCGCAUCGAGAGGAGCCAGUCGAGGUGGCUCGGGCAUCUGUUUAGGAUGGCUCCUGGACACCUCCCCGGUGAGGUGUUCCGGGCACGUCCCACCGGGAGGAGACCCCGGGGACGACCCAGGAUACGCUGAAGAGACUACGUUUCUGCGGAGAGGGAAGUCUGGGCUUCCCUGCUGAAGCUACUGCCCCUGCGACCCGACCUCGGAUAAGCGAAAGACAAUGGAUGGAUGGAUGCUUUCCCAUUCACAACUGCAACACAACGGUCAAAUUUGCUGACCGCACCGCUCGUGUAGGACUGAUCAGGAACAACAAAGAGUCGGCUUAAAUGAAAUGAACAACUUGGACCUGAAGACAGGCAAGACCAAAGAGAUGAUCAUGGACCCUGGUUGGGUGAGAGACGUGGUGCGCAAUUUCAAUCAUUCGCAUUCACACUGACACUAACAUGACCAAAAUGUGUUGCUGUCAAAUUAAAAUGAGAAAAAGUAAGUGUACAUACACAGAGAAUUUGGAAAUGAAGUUGAAAAUUAGGUGAAUGAUUGGCAUUCAAGCUGCAGCUUCUGUCAUCUGAUAACACAUGCAGCAGAGCUCAUUUUCUUACCAUUUUUCAAAGAGCCGUGUGACUGUGAUUCAUCAUGCUCAGGUGUAUCGCACUGGUUUAUUCCAAUAUAAAGGUUCCCAUAAAUGCAGUAAAAAGAUUUGACAAAAAAAAAAAAAAAACCCUCAUAAAUAAUGAUGAAGUAGCUCGCUGCUUCCAACCCCAGCAGUACCUGCAAAGUAUACAUGCAUUUCAAACAGAAACUAUUUCAUGAUUUCAAAACAGAGUGUGCACCAAGAGGAGUAAUUAAAAAAUAAAUCAUCUAACAUUCUGAUUCCUGGCUGUUUUUUGGAGCAUUUCUUAUUAUUAUGACGGCUUAUUACUUUCUGUACUGUUUCCAAAUAGGCUUGUUACUUUGUUCAGCCUCUGUGUAUGACACGAUGUGAAAAACAAACAUGUAAAUAGAAGGAGGUAACAUCAUCUUGUCUUUAUCGAUUGAUUGAGGGCUCGGGUCUUAUGAGGCGCCAACAAACAAAACAAAAAACAGGAACAGUAGCAACACUGAGUGAACCGGGGAGCAUUACCGGCGACGGUAACAGAUUUGGAGAGGCAAUA